GGUUGUCAUGGUAAGGGAUAUAUUACCACUGCUUCCUUCCUCUUUAAGAGAUCCUUGGCUUUCCUCUCCGAAACAACCCAUUCCCUUCGAUCGAUUACCGACCGCUCCAAAAUCUCUCGCAUUUCUCCCUCUCUUGGAUCGAAUUUGGCGAGCAGGCGAUUUGGAGUGGUUGGAGAUCGAGGUGGUUUGUGAGAUUUGUGAUGGCGAUUUCGAACGCGGAGCGGGAAACCGCCGCCGCUAAGGAGGGAGGAGGGGAGAGGAAGCGGAAGCGCGGGGCGGAGAAGCCGCUGGCCAAGUGGAGGACGCAGGGCGAGCAGAAAACCUAUUCCUCCAAGCUCGUCGAGGCCCUCCGCCGCGUCCGCCGGUCCUCCCCGGCGGCGUCGACGGAUCACUCGCGCAGCCGCGCUGUCCGGGCGGCGGCGGACCGGGCUCUGGCGCUGGCGGCGCGAGGUCAGACGCGCUGGAGCCGCGCGAUCCUCUCCGGCCGGACGCUCAAGCUCAGGGUUCGGGCGCUGGCGCGGGCUGGCGGGCCGAAGUCCCUCGGCGGCGUCGCCACCGUCUUCGCCUCCCGUCCGGCGGAAAAGACGAAGCCGCAGGCGCUGGAGCGGAAGGCGAGGGUUCUGGGCCGGCUGGUUCCCGGCUGCCGGAAGCUGCCUUUGGCGACGAUCCUGGAGGAGGCGUCGGACUACAUCGCCGCGCUCGAGAUGCAGGUGCGGGCCAUGAGCACCAUUGCCAACAUCCUCUCCGCCGCAGGUUCGCAGCCGAUGUGAGGUGGACAUGAUCGUCGGAGAUCGUCGUCUUCUUUUUCCUACUCGUUUUUUUUUUUCUUUUUAUUGCUUAGAAUUGGCAAUGUAAUUUAUUGUACAUUUUUUUCGCCUACUCCUCGUUAUUUCUGGUCUGGUUUUCCAUGCGCUGUGAGAACCUUUGAUUCGCUGUCGCUGGUUGCUCGAUGGCGUUAUGGUAAAUAGAUGAGGUGCUCCCUCUUUUCUACGC